GGGCCCGGACCCUAGAGCUCAGUUGGGUGAGAGCCGCCAGUGAGAGUGGGUCCCUAUGUCACGUUAUGUCGGCUUACGCCGCUAACUCGCGGCUGGCCAAUAGCUUUUCAGUGCAGACUCAUACUACUACUCGGUCUCCGCCUAUAGAGACCGGUAUUCUAGGAGAUAACAGUGCAUUUAGUGGAAAAAGAGAUGGUAGUGUAGCGGCGCGCGACCCCUUGGCCCCACCAUGUAACGGAGGCAGGCCCAGCGCGCCCCCUUGUAGUGCAACAACUGCUAACAGUGCCAAAAGUGUAAGUCCGUCUAGUGUAAUUAGUGCCAGUGAUUACACAGUGAGCAAAAAUGCCCACUCAAGCGCUACAGCAACACACCAUAGCAAUGAUAACGCGGUUACCUCGAAUUUUAAACCCAAGGAUGCCCAGAACAGUGAGGGCUGUGGUAGUGGUAGUGGGAGUGUGAAUGUGUUGCACAGUGCAAGAACUCACAACUUGAGCAGUUUGGGAGAGCGUUCCUCCCCUGCCAGUGUGAGGAGGAGUGGAGACAACACCAGACAGAGCAGGAUGGACACUACCACCUUCAGGCUGCGUCUCAGGAAGGGAGGUGAAGGAGUAACUAAAAAGGGACCCUUGGUGGCGAAGCAUCCCUCCUCCACCAGCCCUGCAACCACAGCCACCACUUCCACCACCACCACCACCUCCUACUCCUCCAACACUGCCACCACCACAACCACUGCUGGUCAGACCAAGGAGGUUCGUUCCCCCGUGGGUCCAGGACCUGCACCCCUGGGAUCCCACAGGAGGCGUCCCGGGUCUCCGGACCCCAGGAGCAGCAUUCACACCAGGACCCGUCCCCAACCUUCCAAGGACUCCCCCAGGACCUCUCCCAAGACGUCCCCCAGGUCGUCUCCCAAGUGUUCUCCAGUAAGACAGCUACACAGAGAGACGUGCUCAUGUGGCCAUGGUCCUUAUUGUGUGCAUGUGUUAUUCGUGAUGGUGAGGGUCCUGCAGGUGGCUGAGGCUGAUCCUGUCCUCAUGGCUGGUGCACUCAAGGACUUUGAGAUUGAGCAGCUAAUGGGAGCAUAUGAAGAACGGCUAAAGAAGGCAGUUAGAGCACGAGAGCAACGUCAGAGUGGGGGGAGUGGUGUGGUUGGAGAACAACCAGCUGGAGGUAAAGGCGUCCGAUCAAGUCCCUCGACACCUACUGGUCCACCUUCGUCUCAUCCUGAUUCAGCUAGUAGUGAUGACGACUCUCAGUGUCCAAUCUGCCUAAUGUGUAUGGUGGAAGGAGAGAGCCUGGUAAUGUGUGAGGCUGGGUGUCGUAACCUGCUACAUCACCACUGCAUGGCUGUCUGGGCUGCUGAUCGAAAUGCCCAGGGCCAGCCCCUCCUGUGUCCUCUGUGUCGGGCACCUUGGCCUCUCAAACACCACCCUCGCCUCACACCCACACCAGGCAGCACAUCUGUACAUUCUACCUCUCCUUCAGCUGCCUGGUCCCAGCCCCUGGCACCUGACUAUGCCUACCCACUGAUGAGUGCCAGUUUCUCAGGAGUUUGCAGCAGCGGACGACAGAGUCCAACUGGUUCUGCAUUAAUGUCGCGUUCCUUAUCAGGUUACCCCUACACCCAGUCACCAUACACAGACUCAGCCUACUCCUCACCUGCAGGUGGAUCACUGUAUCCACCAACUGUUAGAGGGGAGGUGUCAGCAGCCAUUGUAGUGAGUGCCUCUGAGGAGCCAGUGCCACUACCCAGAAGUGAGCCUAUACCCGCAGAGCAUGAGUCAACUGCUGCUGGCUGGGUUCAUGUCUUCGGCAAAGAACUUGUAUCAUGUCUUUUCUCACGUGACUGGGCUGUGAGAGAAACUGGUCUGAGGAGACUUGCACAUGAAGUGGUUAAAGUGUUACAUUGGGACAGACUGGUAACAGCUGAGGAGAAAAGGCGCCAAGUAAUCCAUUGUUGUGCUAAUAUUCUCGCCCAGGUGGCGAAUGAUCCUGUUUACAAAGUGUACCUGGCAUGUUUGCGGUGUUUGAGAGUGUUGUUAUCUCACCUUAGUCCUUCAUCUGGAAGCCAAGUGACAGCGCUUCAAGAGUUGUUCCGUCCGCUUGUCCACACAUUACUUCUGAAGUGUGCUGAUGGCAACAGACGUACAUCACAGAUUAGUGUGGAUUCAAUAUUGGAGCUCUGUCGUGGUCAGGAUGGGGAACUGGCAUUAGCUACUCAGGUGUCGGCUUCCACCCCUGGUCUUGGAGGCAUCUCUUUUAUUCUCUCUUGCAUUUUGGAAGACACUCCUCCUUCAGAGGCUCCAUGGCAGUGGCUCCUUGGGCGCCUCUGUGUACUUGACCGCCUUGUUGAUGAGUUCCCAUCGGAAUUUCAGUUGCAGUAUGUGCCACUUCAGCCAGCAGAGUCUGGUUACAAACUUCAAAACUAUGACCGUUUAAUGACUGUAGUAGAGUUUGCCUUUAAGGCCUUGGGGAGUAGCCAUGCAACUGUUAGUAAGUUAGCACGCCGUGUGUAUAUAUGUGGAGCAAGGUUUGCUGCAGCUGAACCUGCAGUAUUCCACCAAGUUUGUGACAUGCUUGCAAAGUUGGAUGUGUCAUUACAGAUGCGUCUCAAACGACGACUACGUUCCAUGCAGGGCCAACACAGUGACAGGAAAGCCACUCUUGCACGCUUGGAGGGGAAGUUGAGUCUAGGUACGUGGGAUCUUGGUGACACUGCUGGACCACGACUUGUGCGUUCGGUUUCUCAUUCACCAUCAAGAAUGUUAUCAGCUUUGAGAUCAUCUUCACAGUCACCUGCACGUCAACCUGUAAUCUCAGCAACUCUAAAGAAAGAUGUGGAAAGAACAAAUAAAAGCUCAGCCGGACCUACUUCCUCUCCACCUAGACCUACUCAUCUGCCAUUAGAUUGUUUUGAAGCCAAAUUUAAAGAAAAGCAAGCAAAAUUACGUCUCUAUCACAAAACAAGGCCGAAGAAUGAUGUCCCCUUCAUUGUACAAAAUUUAUUGGUGUCACCUAUACAACGACAUCAGCGAUGGAGUCCCAUAAAAAUCGGUGGUGUUCUCAGCAAAGGUGGACUGUCACAGAGCCAUAGUGAUGCUCUAGAUGUGUCUCCUCAGACACCUCUAGGGUCUGUAGCACCACCACAGUUCUCCUUCAAAGAUGUAGUGAGUACUCCUGCCACUCCCACUGUACCACACUGUACACCAGUUCAAGAGAGUCCUCCAUCACUAUUUCAAAGUGAAGGUAGUGCACAAGAAAGCAAAGAUCCUUGGACAGUACAUGAGGCUCCGCUACCAAUUAUCCCAGGCCUCGACCUUCUUCCGGCCCACCUUGAUGAAUCCCUACACCCUUACGAGCAGAAUGUGGAGGGUGGACAGUAUGAGGAGGGCAGGGAUUGGGUGCGAGGACCUCUGUUGGGCACAGGUGCAUUCUCCUCGUGUUAUCAAGCUCGUGAUGUGCAGACUGGCACUUUGAUGGCUGUCAAGCAGGUCUCAUUCUGUCGAAACAAUGAGGAGGAGCAAGAAAGAGUGGAAGCAUCAGUCGAAGAAGAAAUCCUUAUUAUGUCUCGUUUACGUCAUUCCAAUAUUGUGCGGCUCUUGGGUGCCUCUAGACAUUCAACAUCUUUCUCAGUUUUCACUGAGUGGAUGGCUGGUGGCUCAGUAGCAACCAUGCUGGACAAGUAUGGUACCUUCUCUGAACAUGUCAUCUUGAAGUACACCAAACAGGUACUGGCCGGGCUGGCAUACCUUCACGAUAACAAGAUUUUGCACCGUGACCUUAAAGGUGCUAACCUUCUGGUAGACAGCACUGGCCAGUGGUUGAGGAUUGGUGACUUUGGGACAGCUGCUCGAAUGGCAAGCAAGUCAACAGUCACAGGAGAAUUUCAGGGUCAGCUGCUUGGCACAAUAGCCUUUAUGGCCCCUGAGGUCCUGCGUGGAGAGGAUUAUGGACGUUCCUGUGAUGUAUGGAGUGUAGGCUGCUGUGUCAUAGAGAUGGCUACUACAAAACCACCCUGGGGAGCUGAUCAUGUUUCCAAUCAGCUAAAACUCAUGUACAAGAUUGCUACAAGCAACGGCCCGCCUACAGUACCUGAAACAAUAUCAGCCAGCACACGUGACCUGGCUCUUCGCUGCUUAGAGAUCAAAAGUGAAAACCGACCACCAGCCAAGGAACUAAUUCAACAUCCAUGCUUCAAGACACAGCCGCCAUGACCCCAUCCUCUCUCAGAAUUGCCCAUUGCUAAUUAAAGGAGAAAUUAACUUCACAAUUCGUAUAAAAUAUUUUAAAAUUAAAGAAAUUUAAUACCAAGCAAUAAAUUGUAUAUUUUUUAAAGUUGCAAAAUUGUUCAUAAUAUAGUUAAUCAUACAUGACAAAUUGUAUCAUGAUUUUUUUUCUCCAUGAAUAGAAUUGGUGAUGUUAUCAGGUUAUGGUACCGUACAUGAUUAUUCAUGUCAAGGAAUAUACAAAGCCUUAAAUUGGCAAUGCCAAAUCGUUGUUGUUCCAUUUCAAUAUUUACCUCUUAAAUGUCAUGAAAAUCUGAUAGUACAAAUUUUCACUUUUACUUUCUGUUUCCUUUAAUUCAUUAUUUAUCAGUAAAGCUCUUCUCCUGAUUAAAUUGGUUAAAGGUGAGCAGGCAGAGCAUAUAGAGCUUGGUAAGGGACGUCUAGCUCUAUAGUGUAUAUAUUAACAGUAUACACGUAGCUUAGUGUAGGUCAUAGGCGGCCUCCUUCACGAACACCCAGCAGACUAUGGAAACCUUGGUCAGUUCCAUGGACAUAAUGACUCUGAUUUUCCUUAGUAAAGUCUAAAUUUGGAACCACCAUGUUAGACUUCCAGGAAGAGCAGACAGUGUGAGUGCUCCAGUGGUACUGAUUGAUCUGUAGUUUGUGGGUGUUGGGAGGGGUAGUGUCCCCAUGAAGGCGGAGUCGGGCCUGUCUGUCCCCAAGACUGGUCAGCAGGACCAAGUAAUAAAUUAUGGCAAAACCAGUAUGACAGAGCAAUUUUUUUUUUAUCUCGAGUUCUUCUUAAGAUUUGCCAAAUUAAUUUAAGCUGUUACUUCUUAUGUGGACUCUUAAUUAAUUUGGGUUUCUUGAUCCUGUCAGACCAGCUUUGCUGGACUUUUAAAAAAAAAAGUUGCUCCACAGAUUUCUUGAAUUUUCCUGUGGGUAAUAUCAACAGCCUCUACAGUGGCAUGGUGCUGUCAUUUGACCUCACAAUCUUCAUCUUUAUUCUCUUUAUUUAGAGUAACUUUUAUGAUAUUGGUGGGCAGCAGAAAAUGUUUUGAAGUAAUGCUAGCAGGUAAGCCAGUUCUCAGUUUUAAGAACUGGCUAAUUUGUGUGUUUUUUCAUCACUUAUAUUCUGCUUGUCAUCAGUUCAGUCAGAGUUGCUUGUGUGGGUGUAAACAACUACUGUAGCUAAUAACUCCGACUUUUGCCAUCAUUCAGUGAAAUUCCAUUGCAUUUGUAACACUUUACAAAGUGACUACAGAUCUCAGUGUAAUUUAGGGGACCAACUUGUCUUUACUAUUUAUGUAUUUUAUUUAAAUUAUUUGUAUUGUCUCCCUCUACUUGUUACUUAUAUUAAUUACUCUUUUGUCCCCAGUUUCUCAUACUUUACUAUUUUUUAAGUAUUCAUUUACACCAUUUCAUGGUGAAUCUUUUAAGACUGUUAGUAGUGUUUUACUACUACAAUUUCUUGUGUUCAACACGUCUUUCUUAGUUGAGCCGUGAACAAAAUUUUCCAAAAAAUAUUUUGGUUACUGGUGUGAAACACAAAUGUAAUAGUAAGGUUAUGGAUACUUGGUCUGGCUAUUGGAGUGUGCCUAGUACCUGGCCAUAUUCAUUACUUAGGUCACAAUUUUGGAAUAGUACUGAAAGUUAAAAAAAUUUUUAGAUUUAAAAAAUGUCCAAAUGUUAGGAAGAAUGUUUUUUUUUUACACUUAUUUAUUUAUUUAUAUUUUUUUAACCUGGUGAGCCCACAGAACUGUUACAUAACUCUGACCUCUGUUCUUCUAGUGUUAAGAGUCAACUGGGGACAAGCACCUGCGUGUUUACCAGUGGGAACAAGCACCUGAAUGUUUACCAGUGGGGACAAGCACCUGAGUUUACCAGUGGGGAGUUUGGGACUAACAAUGCUUAAAUUGAGUAAACUGGAAGUUUUUUAUUAUAAAACCCAUAUAGUACAAAAUAUUUCACAAUUAAGAUGUUUUAGUCUCCUUAUGAACAAGAACUUCCAUAGAUGUUUUACAAGUUCGGGUGUAUGUCCUCUUUGACGUUUUUGAAGUUAUGUCAAAAUUAAAAAAAGUGUACUUAUUGUAAAUUGGGAUAAUUUUUUUAAUUAUGGGCUAUCCUCCACAAAUUAAAGUUUAAGAGAUUAAGAAACAUCUGUUGCAAAAAAUUUUCAAGAACCUCCCCACUGAAAAGUGCCUUAAUUGUUUAAUUUUAAUCCAAAUUCAUCUGGAAGGGAUUCUCUGCUGAAUAAAUAAUGUAUUUAUGUGAUGCCCAUACAUACACUUUAAAUUGUACUCUAAAUUGGUACCUAAAAGUUUGUAAAAUAUAUUUUCAUUACAUUAGUCAAAUCACUGAGAAUCCCCUCAUAAAGUGGCCAAUUUUAUAUAGAAAUGUGUAAAAACUAAAUUUAAGUGGGUGGGAAAGUGGGCUAUGUGGUGGAGAUCACUAUUUCCUAUGCAGGAUUCUGUUGUUCUUUAUAUAUUAAGCUUUAAUCAUACUGUUUCUCGUACCUAUUUGAAUCGACUUUAUAUUGUCUGAGAGUACAAGAUUACUUUCUGUAUCUCCACCCAUCCCAGGGACCCAUACACUCCAGUUUCUUCAAGGUGCCAAAUUGUACAGAGCACAACCUUAAUUUAAGCUAUUUUUCUACUGUUCAUUGUUUGCAUUUCUCAAAUGAAACUUUUUGUGAAUGUCUGGGACCAAUUUUAAGAAAGCCUAAAUGUUUUUUAGGUUUUUUCGUAGUUGAUUUUUUGGUAGAUUAUAAUAUAAAUUUAAAAGAAAUAA